AUGUCUCUUGAUCCGCCCCAAUUCAACGGUGCAUCGACCCCGAAGCAACGGCUCGAUGCAUCCAAACUAAAGUUCACACAAUCGACAGUCCUCCACCCAGUUCCUGAGCCUGGAUCUCCCGAGCUGUGGGCACAGAAUGUCCACACCGACCACAUGGUAACAUGCCGCUGGACUGCUGAGAAAGGCUGGGACGUACCCGAGAUUAAGCCCUUUGCCGACUUUAGCAUUUCCCCCCUCGCUUCCUGCAUUCACUAUGCGACUCAAUGUUUCGAGGGCAUGAAGGCCUAUCGAGGGUUCGACAACCGUGUCAGACUUUUUCGACCGGAUCGAAAUGCGAAGCGAUUGGUCAUGAGCGCGAAAAGGGUAUCACUGCCUGAGUUUGAUGACGCAGAGUUGGUGGAAUUGAUCAAGGCACUGGUCCGCACCGAUGCGAAGAGAUGGCUUGCAGAGCCCGGAAGCUUCCGCUACGUCCGACCAGCACUGAUCGGAACCGGGCGUCAGUUGGGUGUUCAGAUCCCCAGAGAAGCAGUACUAUUCAUUGUCAUGGUCUGCUGGCCCGACUUUUCCACCGAAACUCCACCUGGUGUUGUGGCGAGAUCAGACCUCCGCCUCCUCACGUCGAGAAAUGACACCAUUAGAGCCUGGCCUGGUGGCUUCGGCUACGCCAAAGUCGGUGCCAACUACGGCCCCAGCUUUGCGUCGCACUGCGAGGCACAGGAAUCCGGUUACGACCAAAUCCUGUGGCUCUUUGGAGAGGAUGGUCAAGUUACAGAAGCAGGCGCGAGCAACUUCUUCGCGAUCGUCAAGGAUGAACGUACAUCGAAGCUACAGCUUCUCACGGCGCCGUUGGAUGACAAACUCAUUCUUGACGGCGUCACUAGGCGAUCAGUCCUGGAACUGGUUGAAUCCAGACUGGCGGACGAACUGGAAGUGAAGGAGACAAAGUUCACCAUCUCGGACCUUGAAAAGGCGUGGAAAGACGGCCGUCUCGUAGAGGCGUUCGUAUCUGGCACAGCUUUCUUUAUCAAGGAUGUGUCGACCAUUCGCGUGGGUGACCGUAAUCUCGACUUGGUACAGAAGCGGGAUAGCACUGGCAAAUUUGGACCGCGAAUCAAGGGCUGGUUGAAGGAUAUCAUGUUUGGGGUUGAAGAGCACAAAUGGGGCGUGGCUGUUUAA